AAAAAAGGAUUUUUUUUUAAAUUAAAGAGCAUCUAUAAAUCAGGAAAUGACAUUAGAUUUACAGGAAAAAAAAAGCGGUGAAAAUGACUUAAUAGAUAAGAAUAAAUUGAAAGAAGUACUCAAAACUCGAAAAAAAGAGAAAAAAUCAAAUAUUAUAUCGGAAACAGGGGAAAAUGAAGAUCAGAAUAAAAAUACUUCUUUAGAAAAUCCUUUAUCUGCUACUUCAGCUAAAGAUAAACCAGUUUUAUUUUCAGAUCUUUCACUUUCUAAACCUACAGAAAAAGCCCUGCAAAACAUGGGAUUUUCAAAAAUGACAGAAGUUCAAGCACGUACAAUACCUAUUCUAAUGUCAGGAAAGGAUGUCUUGGGAGCAGCAAAAACAGGAAGUGGAAAAACAUUGGCAUUUUUGAUUCCUGCUAUUGAAAUUCUAUAUUCUUUAAAAUUUAAGCCAAGAAAUGGCACAGGAAUUAUUAUAAUAUCGCCUACACGUGAACUUGCAUUGCAAAUAUUUGGUGUUGCUAAGGAACUCUUAGAACAUCAUACUCAAACGUUUGGAGUUGUUAUUGGUGGAGCAAAUAGACGAGCAGAAGCAGAAAAAUUAGAAAAAGGUGUUAACCUUUUAGUAGCAACACCAGGAAGACUUUUAGAUCAUUUACAAAAUACAAAAGGCUUCGUUUAUAGAAAUUUAAAAGCACUUAUUAUUGAUGAAGCUGAUCGUAUUCUUGAAAUUGGAUUUGAAGACGAAAUGCGUCAAAUUAUUAAAAUACUUCCUAAUGAAAACAGACAGUCCAUGCUAUUUUCUGCAACUCAAACGACAAAAGUUGAAGAUCUUGCUAGAAUAUCUUUGCGACCUGGUCCUCUUUAUAUCAAUGUGGAUUCAGAUAAAAAAAAAUCAACAGUAGAUGGACUUGAACAGGGUUAUGUUGUUUGUGAUAGUGAUAAGCGCUUUUUGCUCCUUUUUACUUUUCUUAAACGUAAUCUUAAAAAGAAAAUUAUCGUUUUUUUCUCGAGUUGUAAUUCUGUAAAAUAUCACUCUGAAUUGUUAAAUUAUAUUGAUAUUCCUGUUUUGGAUCUUCAUGGAAAACAAAAACAGCAAAAAAGAACAAAUACGUUUUUUGAAUUUUCUAAUGCAAAACAAGGGACUCUUAUAUGUACAGAUGUAGCUGCAAGAGGUUUAGAUAUUCCUGCAGUGGAUUGGAUUGUUCAAUAUGAUCCUCCAGAUGAUCCACGAGACUACAUUCAUCGUGUUGGACGAACCGCUAGAGGGACUGAAGCAAAAGGGAAAAGUCUUAUGUUUCUUGUACCUAGUGAAUUGGGCUUUUUAAGAUACCUUAAAGCAGCAAAAGUUUCUUUAAAUGAAUAUGAAUUCAGUAGAUUGGCAAAUAUUCAAUCUCAGUUAGAAAAGUUAAUUUCAAAAAAUUAUUAUUUAAAUAAAUCAGCAAAAGAUGGAUAUAGGAGUUAUUUGCAAGCAUAUGCGUCAUAUGCUUUAAAAUCAAUAUUCGAUGUUAAUAAUCUUGAUCUUGCUAAAGUAGCAAAAAGCUUUGGAUUUGCUACACCCCCUUCUGUAAACAUUAAUAUUGGCAGUGGAAGCAAAUCUAGUCGUAAAUAUUCUAAAAAUCUUAAGAGAAGCCAUGAUAGUUCUAGAAAUGAACAUUUUAAAAAACAGAAAACCAGUCUUAUACACAAUAGCACAGAAAAUGGAAAAAAUACAUGGAGUAGAUAAAUUAUUUAUUAUAAUAUAAUCUUAGUAUAUAAACGUGGAUCACUAA